AAGAACCGGAGAUGUGGAUACACUACCGGGUCAUCAUCCCAUCCUGCUAAUAAAAGAUGAAAACGCACUCAGGCCAUGAACUCGAUAGGAGUUAAUGUUUUUUGUUGACAUCGGGCGUAUUUGUGCUGGUUAUUUGUGCAAACAAACGGUUUUGUUUGUAAUUUUUAAGCGUUUUUUCAUAAACAUGGCUCCAACGAUUCAGACGCAAUCUCAACGAGAAGACGGCCACAGCAGGCCAUCCUCUCACAGAACCGUCCCAGAGAGGUCUGGAGUUGUCUGCAGAGUGAAAUACUGCAACACCUUGCCUGACAUACCCUUUGAUCCUAAAUUCAUCACUUAUCCAUUUGAUCAGCACAGGUUUGUACAGUAUAAAGCCACUUCUCUUGAGAAGCAGCACAAGCAUGAACUCCUGACUGAACCAGACCUCGGGGUCACCAUUGAUCUUAUCAACCCAGACACGUACCGCAUAGACCCCAACAUUCUGUUGGAUCCCGCUGAUGAAAAACUGUUGGAGGAGGACAUCCAGGCUCCAUCCAGUUCAAAGAGGUCGCAGCAGCAUGCCAAAGUUGUCCCAUGGAUGAGGAAAACCGAAUACAUUUCCACAGAGUUUAACCGAUACGGUGUUUCCAAUGAGAAAGUGGAAGUCAAAAUUGGAGUGUCUGUCAAACAACAGUUUACAGAAGAAGAGAUCUACAAGGACCGAGACAGUCAGAUUUCUGCUAUUGAGAAGACGUUUGAGGAUGCACAGAAAUCUAUUACACAGCAUUACAGCAAACCCAGAGUUACUCCUGUGGAGGUACUACCUGUGUUCCCUGACUUUAAGAUGUGGAUCAAUCCAUGUGCUCAAGUCAUAUUUGACUCUGAUCCUGCACCUAAAGACAUGUCUGGACCAGCAGCUGUGGAAAUGAUGUCUCAGGCCAUGAUCAGAGGUAUGAUGGAUGAGGAAGGAAAUCAGUUUGUGGCCUACUUCCUGCCCAAUGAGGAAACGCUCCGAAAGCGCAAGAGAGACUUUGAAGAGGGGAUCGAUUACAUGCCUGAUGAUCUCUAUGAUUACAAGAUAGCGAGGGAGUACAACUGGAACGUUAAGAACAAAGCCAGCAAAGGCUAUGAAGAGAACUACUUCUUUAUCUUCAGAGAUGGAGAUGGUGUUUACUACAAUGAGCUGGAGACAAGGGUGCGCUUGAGCAAGAGAAGAGCCAAGGCUGGAGCACAGUCUACAACAAACGCUGUGCUGGUGUGUAAGCACAGAGACAUGAAUGAGAAGGAGCUUGAAGCUCAGGAGGCACGUAAAGCUCAGUUGGAGAACCAUGAGCCAGAAGAUGAGGAAGAAGAUAUGGACAUGGACAAAGAGAUGCAAGAUUCUGGUGAUGAGAAAGAGAAGGGCAGCGGCAGCGAGGCAGAAAACUCUGGCAGUGAAUCUGAGAGAGACGAUGAAGACCAGGAACAAAGGGGAGAAGAUGACGAUGAGGAUGAGGACAGAGGGAAGAGGAGGAGGAAGGCAAGCGGCAGUGGUAGCGAGAGCGGCGAGGAGAGGACCAGAGAAAUGCGAGAUGAGGAAGAGAUCUUUGGCAGUGAUGACGACAGCGACGACAAUGAGCCAAAGAAUUCAGCCAGGAGCAGCGGGGAGGAGGGCAGCGACAGUGAGGAUGAAGGAGGGAACAGAAGAGGCAGCCGGAGUCGCAGCGCCUCUCCUGCAGGCAGCGACCGCAGCAGCGACCAUUCAGAGACUCGGGCUCAGAGUGGAAGUGGAAGUGACAGGGGCUCAGAUUCAAGCGACGCCAGCGACAGUGAAUAAGACCAGUGAGCCGGUGACCUGUCUUAUCUAUAUAUUGAGCUGCAAACGCUGGCGCUCUUACACUGUCAUUGAGUAUAAUAUUGGCCUGAUGUGGGGUUGAAGUUUCUUGCUGAUUACAAAUUGUUUAUGAAAUGCUGAUAAUCUUUCACCUGGAUACAACUCUGUUUACUCCAGUUUUUAUUUGUAGAUUUAACUCUAGUUGCUAUUUGUAUGCCAUUCCUCUAUAUUGUUUGCCAGAUGGUCAUUACAGGAUCAUGUUAAAAAAAAAAAAACAAAAAAACCCCAAAACGUUUUCCACUCUUAAAUGAUUUCCACUCUUGAAAUGCCUUUGGAGUGGGAAUAGUGUAAAGCAUGUGGGCUCUCAAAGCAGGUAAUACAUUGUAGAUGACAUUUUCUAUAAAAAAAAAA